AUGGUCAAUUUCACUGUCGAUCAGGUCCGCCAGCUUAUGGACCGGCCCACAAACAUCCGUAACAUGAGUGUCAUCGCUCAUGUCGACCACGGAAAGUCCACCCUAACGGAUUCUCUUGUUUCUAAGGCUGGUAUUAUCGCCAGCUCGAAAGCUGGCGAAACGAGGUUCACGGACACGCGGGAAGACGAAAAGGAGCGUGGUAUCACCAUCAAGUCCACCGCCAUCUCCAUGUACUUCGAGAUGGACAAGGAGGAAGUGGAUGCUAUUAAGCAGAAGACCAUAGGCAACGAGUUCUUGAUCAACUUGAUCGAUUCUCCAGGACACGUCGAUUUCUCAUCGGAAGUCACUGCUGCUCUCCGUGUCACCGACGGUGCUCUCGUCGUCGUAGACUGCGUUGAGGGUGUCUGCGUGCAGACAGAAACUGUUCUGCGACAAGCCUUGACCGAGCGGAUCAAGCCUGUUGUCGUCAUCAACAAGGUCGACCGUGCGCUCCUCGAGCUGCAAGUUGACAAGGAGGGGCUUUACCAGUCCUUCCGUCGCACCAUCGAAAACGUUAACGUCGUCAUAUCUACCUACAACGACGAGGCUCUCGGUGAUGUCCAGGUCUACCCUGAAAAGGGUACCGUUGCGUUCGGUUCAGGUCUUCAUGGAUGGGGUUUCACUCUCCGUCAGUUUGCCGGCCGCUACUCGAAAAAGUUCGGCGUUGACAAGGAGAAGAUGAUGGCCAAGCUCUGGGGUGACAACUACUUCAACCCCCAUACCCGCAAGUGGACCACCAAGAACACUGAUGCGGACGGUAAAACCCUCGAGCGUGCGUUCAACCAGUUCGUCCUCGACCCCAUCUUCAAGAUCUUCGAUGCUGUCAUGAACUUCAAGAAGGACACUAUUCCAACCCUUCUUGAGAAGCUUGAUAUCAAGCUCGCUCAGGACGAGCGUGAUCUUGAGGGCAAAGCGCUCCUGAAGGUCGUUAUGCGCAAGUUCCUGCCCGCUGGCGACUCACUCCUGGAGAUGAUUGUCAUCAACCUCCCCUCUCCCGCAACCGCACAGCGCUACCGUGUUGAGACUCUGUACGAGGGUCCCAUGGACGACGAGUCUGCCAUUGGUAUUCGUGACUGUGACCCGAAGGGUCCUCUCGUCCUUUACGUCUCCAAGAUGGUGCCGACCUCUGAUAAGGGACGUUUCUACGCCUUCGGUCGUGUCUUCUCCGGUACCGUCCGUGCUGGCCCCAAGAUCCGAAUUCAGGGUCCGAGCUACGUCCCGGGCAAGAAGGAGGACUUGUUCGUGAAGUCAGUACAGCGUACUGUGCUCAUGAUGGGUCGUUACGUAGAGCCCAUCGAGGAUUGCCCGGCUGGUAACAUCGUCGGUCUCGUCGGUAUCGACCAGUUCUUGCUCAAGAGCGGAACGCUCACUACGUCCGAGACUGCGCACAACAUGAAGGUCAUGAAGUUCUCCGUGUCUCCUGUUGUACAGGUCGCCGUUGAGGUCAAGAAUGCUGCAGAUCUCCCCAAGCUUGUAGAAGGACUCAAGCGUUUGUCCAAGUCGGAUCCUUGCGUCCAGACAUGGAUGUCCGACAAUGGUGAGCACAUCGUCGCAGGUGCUGGUGAACUCCACCUGGAGAUUUGCUUGAAGGAUCUGCAAGAGGAUCACGCUGGUGUGCCACUGAAGGUUUCCGACCCUGUCGUCCCUUACCGUGAGACAGUCAAGGCUGAGUCCUCAAUUGUUGCUCUCUCGAAGUCGCAGAACAAGCACAAUCGUCUCUAUGUCAAGGCGCUGCCCUUCGAGGAGGAGCUCUCGCAGGCGAUUGAGAGCGGCAAGAUCAACGCGCGUGACGAUUUCAAGGUCCGUGCACGUGUCCUCGCCGACGAGUACGGUUGGGACGUCACCGAUGCCCGCAAGAUUUGGUGUUUCGGUCCUGAGACGACUGGCCCCAACUUGCUCGUCGAUGUCACCAAGGGUGUGCAGUACUUGAACGAAAUCAAGGAUUCUUGUGUUGCUGCCUUCCAGUGGGCGACAAAGGAGGGUGUGUGCGCAGAGGAGAACAUGCGUGGUGUUCGGUUUAACAUUCUUGAUGUUACGCUUCACACUGAUGCCAUCCACCGUGGUGGAGGACAAAUCAUCCCCACGUGUCGUCGUGUCUGCUACGCCGCGUGUUUACUCGCCACCCCCGGUCUCGAAGAACCCGUCUACCUUGUUGAGAUCCAGUGCCCUGAGAACGCCAUAGGCGGUAUCUACAGUGUGCUCAACAGGCGUCGUGGCCAGGUGUUCAGCGAGGAGCAGAGGGUCGGCACACCGAUGUUCACGGUCAAGGCUUAUUUGCCCGUUAUGGAGUCCUUCGGCUUCAACGGUGAGCUGCGCUCGCAGACGGGCGGACAGGCCUUCCCCCAGUCCGUGUUCGACCACUGGGAGUUGAUGAACGGCUCUCCUCUCGACAAGGGCAGCAAGAUCGAAGAGGUCGUCCGCAAUAUCCGUAUACGCAAGGGUCUCAAGCCCGACAUUCCUUCAUUGGAUACCUACUACGACAAGCUCUAA